AUGCAGACCUCAGCACGGGAGUUUCAAUGCUGCAAGGCUGAAUUUACGCACUACCUGCGAUAUGCGGAAGAGAUUGUGCACUUUGCACAGUCAACGGAGAUAGAGCUGCGCGGAAAGAACAUUAAAAGGGAUGUGUCAACACCGUCCACAACGAGCGUCGAGACGCUCGAAAGGUCCGACUAG